AAUUUCCCUCACCACACCACACCGGAAGCCCUGUUGUGUUAUAUCGAUAGUUAGUACUUACCCAUUGCAAUGAUUACACAUGUCUCACACGCUUGGAAGGUAUCGAAGAUUUACGAGCAACUUUCAGUGCUCGUACUCUGUUUAUAGAGCACUUACAAGAGCACUGCAUCACGGGCAGAGAUUGAGUCAAAAUGCCAGGGCUGGCUGGGAGACAGUUGUUGGCUUGGAAAUCCACGCACAGAUUGCUUCCCACAGCAAGCUGUUCUCUGGUGCCGGCACACAGUUUGCUGCACCUGUCAACAACCAGGUAUCCUUCCUUGAUGCAGCUUUGCCUGGAACUUUGCCUGUCUUGAACAGAAGAUGUGCAGAGAUUGGCGUGAUGACAGGGCUGGCCUUGGGUUGUCACAUCAACAGGGAGUCCAGAUUUGACAGAAAGCAUUACUUCUAUGCUGAUCUCCCGCAAGGUUAUCAAAUUACUCAACAGAGACAGCCCCUGGCAGAAAAAGGGGAGAUACCCUAUUAUUUUUUUGUAGCGAAUGACAUGAAAUCACCGACCAAGCUGUCAGCACGGAUUCACCACAUCCAAUUAGAACAGGAUAGUGGCAAGAGUCUUCAAGACCCAGAACAGAACAUGAGUUUGAUUGACUUAAACAGAGCUGGUAUGGCCCUAAUGGAGAUUGUAACAGAGCCUGACUUCCGUUCAGGUGAGGAAGCUGCUGCCUUUGUAAAGGAGUUACAAUUGAUCCUCACAACCAUAGGGGCUUGUAGUGGGGUGAUGGCAGAGGGAGCAAUGAGGGUGGAUGCCACUGUGUCAGUCAACAAGGUAGGGGAGCCAAUCAGCACAGGGGUCAGGGUGGAGAUCAAGAAUGUCAACAGCAUCAGGGGUGUGGCCAAGGCUAUUGAAUAUGAAUUCAGCAGGCAUAUAUCACUUUUAGAAAAAGGUGAAAAAAUAGCCAACGAAACAAGAGCUUUUGAUGCAGAAAAUGUGGAAACAAUAUCUAUGAGAGACAAGGAAAAGGUGCACGACUAUCGUUUCAUGCCAGAGCCAAACCUCCCUCCUCUACGAAUAUACGACAACCAGACUCUGUCGUCAGACCUGUCACCUGAUCAGGUGAUCAAUGUUGAUGAGAUCAGGAGUUCUAUGGCUGCAACUCCUGAGGAACGAAGAUUGGCACUGCAGGCAAAAUAUGGAUUAUCACUUGAACACUGUCAGGUAAUGUUGACCUCAGAGGGCACAGAAGACUUCUUCACUGCUGUGAUGAAUGCAGACACAACCCGUGACAUUGCUAUUGUGUACCAACUUUUAUUUUCAAUAUUGCUCUCAUUCACAAAUGAACACAAGAUCCCUGUAGAUAAAAGCCCUGUUGACAUUGUUAAAUUUGGAGACACUGUGGACUUGCUGUGCAGCAAACGCAUCACAUAUCAAGUUGCAAGGAACAUUUUUCAUCAAUAUUUUGAGGCGGCAGACAACAGGCCCGUGGAACAAAUGGUGGAUGAAGAAGAUUGGUGGAUAAUAACAGAUAAAACAUUGAUAGAAGAACAUUGCAAAAAACUAAUGGCCGAAUCUCCUAAAAAGGUAAAAAAUCACAAGAAAGGAUAUCGGGAGUGUGGCUUUCAUAAAGCAAUAGUGGUGCGAACACAGGGUAGAGCAGACCCAGUCUUGGCGAGACAGGUGGUGGAAGAAAACAUGGGAAAAUUUGUCAAAAAGAAAUGACAAUUCUGGAAUGUCACAAUACAUUCAGCAGAAUUAUGAAAAAGUGUCCCGAUUUACAGAUACAGUUAUGUCACAGUGCAUUCUUUAAAAUUGGUACUUUACGCAUUUUAAAAUCUGCAUUGCCUUUAUAUUGAAGCGUUUUUGUGUUGUUUAUGAUAUUUAUUUAGUAUUGUUGUAAGCAGUAGAUUAGAUUUAAUUCAUUUGAAGACAGACACAUUGAGUAUUAUAUAUAAUGACUUUGGAGAUAUGAACACUGACAUAUUGAGCUAUGAACACUGACUAAAUGAAAAUCUUAAUGUGGUUAAUGGUGAUUAUCUGAUAGCAAGAAUAACGGAAUCAAAAAAAAUUACAUUUGUCUUACAUAAAAAAAAGCAGCAAAUGCCCAUGAAUAAAG